CUAAGGUCUAAUACAACACUACAAUGGCAUCCAAGUUCAUCGCUUUCGCAGCUGUGUUGGCCGUCGCCAAUGCUGGACUUCUUCACACACCCAGCUACAUCUCUGGACACAUUGUCCAAGAAUCUCCAUUGGUCUACACUCCAGUUGCUAAGACCAUUGUGAAGACUGUUGAUACUGAAUUCGACCACAACCCCAACUACUCAUUCUCCUACGGAGUACAUGACUCCUUGACUGGUGAUGCCAAAUCCCAACAUGAAACUAGAAAUGGAGAUGCUGUCAGUGGAAGCUACAGCGUUGUAGACUCUGAUGGAACCAAGAGAACUGUUGACUACACUGCUGAUGAUGUUAAUGGAUUCAAUGCAGUAGUCCGCAAAGAGCCAGCUAAAAUCGUUGCUCCAGUAGUCAAAGCUCCAGUUGUUCUCUCUGCCCAACCAGCUCAAAUUGUCUACAAAUCAGCUGAACUCGCCUACCCCCAACCUGUUGCAUACGCUAAAGUAUGGUAAUUUCAUACUUUCUGUAGUUAUAGCAACCUUUUUUUA